UUCUCUUGGAUUUAUUAAAUAAACAUCUUAAAUAUUUAACUCAACCUUCUGAAAACUUUCGUUAUUCACGAACACUUCUUUUAAUGUUUAAUGGUGCUAUGGUAGACAUUAAAUUUGCUUGGGAAAAUAUAUAUCCACUUCUUCAUAAUAUCACUCCAUAUACUGGAAAUUCAACGCCUAUGAGAUCAAAGUCCAUGUCACGUUCAAAUAGUAGUAGUAAUGUUAACGGGGUUCCUCUUUCUGCGGGUUCUAUACUUAAUAAUUCUUCUUCGAAUGGAAUUACUACUCCAUCUACUGCUGGAAUGUCUCCUUCUUCUUUCGGUCCUUAUUCUGCUGGUUUGGCAAGCAAUUCUCUUUCUGAUAUUGCAUUACCUAUUUCAAUAUUUGAACAAAUGCUUUCAAAAGUUGAUGCUGCUAUCAAAUCUGUGGAAAAUGUUGGAAAACUUUUAAACGAACAAUUAGACACUGCCCUUGUUUCAUCAUCAGAUGAAUCGGCAUCUGCAUUACCUGUAAAAAUAAAAUUAAAAGAAUUGAGAUCACACGUUAAAAUUGUACUAGAUGUGACAAAACAAUUGAAAAAAUCUCGAUUGGUGGUAAAAUCGACACAAAAAGAGGAUUUGGGUAUACAACUUAAAGUUUAUGAUGCUACAAUAACGUUUCUUCAGGAAACCGUGAAAAUGUCCACUUUAGCUAGAGACAUUUCACAAGAAUGGCAACUUGAUAGCAAAGUUAUGACAGGACUAGGCAAUGUUACUAAAUCUGAUAUUGAAUUAACAGAUAUUCUUCGAGCAAUUGAUGAAUGGCUUGUAAUGUCACCACCUAAUCCGAAUGAGACAUCAAGAUCGGUUAAAAAUGAUGUUUUUUCUGAAGAACCUGAAGAACUUUCUAGUCUAAGUAUUGACGAACCUAUUCAAAAGGAAGAAAAUGAAAUUAAUGAUAUUAAUAAUGGUAUAAAGGCGGAUGUGACUAUAGAACCUUAA